AAAUAAAAGAAAAACGAAAAGAAAAGAAAAGAAAAGAAAAAGGUACUUGGAUUUGAGGAGGGAGGGAGAUGCAAGCAGCGGAAUGGAAGAGCCUGUUAAUACUGAGAAAUUCUGUCACCCAAUCUUCCCAUUUUUCUUUGUUUCAUUCCACGUCCGUUUCACUCGCAAAAUGGAAGAACAAAUGGACCUCGUAUGUAGAAAGAGGUCAGCAACCAUCUAAGAAUCACAUCAGAUAUGCAACGCGCCAGAAGCGGGCAGAUUCAAGAAAAGCUCUGAAAGAUCUCCUCUUCAACAGCACCUCCUCCAAGCUGUCAUUUCAGGAUGAAGAUAUGACAUGGACUGCUGAUGAACCAAUCAGCAGAAAUGCAGAAGGAAAGCAGCCACGGGCAAAAAAAUCAGCCAGGAACUCCAAGUCUCGCAACAACGGAAACAAACGUCGACAUAGAUAUGAGAACUUCUCCGAUGACUAUGAUGGACACCCUGAGACGAUCUUUCAAGCAACAUUUGGAGGCAGAUGCUGUACAUGGUCAUUUAAGUCAUGGGAAGAUUCUCAUUUCCAGAAUUCUAUACCUGGAUUUGAGUGGAGAUAUGAUUCAAACUGGACAAGUGAUAGGAGAAGAGUGUGGGAAACAAGCGAAACAAAUGAUGAUGAUCAAGGUGUUAUUGGGUCGUAUUCUGAUAGAACUAUGCUUGGGUUGCCUCCCACUGGUCCUUUAAAGACGGAAGAUGUCAAAAGCGCUUUCCAUGCAUCUGCAUUGAAGUGGCAUCCAGAUAAGCAUCAAGGCCCUUCUCAGGAGAAAAGCCAUGGCGAUAUAAAGCAUUCCAGUUUACAAAAGCUUUUGGUGCAAGUUCCUUCUGCAAUGGGGUGCAAUCUGGCUGAGGUUGAUGUUGUGGCAGAAGUCCCGAAAUUCGAAGAAGAAUUACAAUUUAACUCAAUGUAGGAUUCAACCUCAGGAGUGACGCUCAAAGUAGGAUUCAAACUCGUGCCUACACGCUGCUCCAUUUUGUGGAGGUUUUUUUUUACCUUCAGACAAAGCAACUUGUGCCUCUCUCACCUGCAACAAGCAUUUUGUGAAGGUGAUGGCAGAGGAGAAAUUCAAACUUUGUGUCAAUGCAUACAAGUCUUUAUGCAAUGCUCUCACAUCAGUGUAAUUUGGCAUUCUUCCUCUCCAGUGGAGCUUAUUCAUAGAGUGGGGUAUCAUUCAAUUUCUUAUUUAAUCUCUUAAUUUUGUUUGUUUCCCCUAUUUCUUCGUCAAUAUAAGCUCAAGCUCGUUGAAUUAUAUGUGGAGCUAGCAUCUAUUUAUGGAAAUUGGGGUUUUCAUUUUCAUUGUUAAAUUUUAACAAUGCACAAUGUAAUGUAUUCUGAGUUCAAGUUAUCUUUUUCA